AGUGAGUCCCCGGAUGGAGACAUGUCCGCGUGCAUCGUGUUGACAUCGGGAUCUUCGUGAUUUUUCCUCGGAUUUUUCCUCGGAUUUGACCGUGGGAUCCUCGGCUCGGAUGACGUAAGGACCGCGCAGCUCGGCCGGACAUGCAGGGGCCCCGGGAGCACAGGCCGGACACGCGGGGGCCCCGGGAGCACAGGCUGUGUGGGAAGUGGACGCUCGACUGGGGCCUCAACAACUACAAGAUGAGAGACGUCUUCACAUGGCGCCUGCUGAAGACCGUCGCCAUGGGGCAGGUGCUGUCCCUGCUCAUCUGCGGCACUGCCGUCACCUGUCAGUACCUGGUGGAGGAGAAGGUGGACACGCCCAUGCUCCAGAGCUUCCUCAACUACGCCCUCCUGCUGCUGGUCUACACCACCGGCCUGUGCACGCGCAAAGGCGACAGGAACCUUUGGCGCGUCUUAAGAUCCAACUGGUGGAAGUAUCUGGUGAUGGGACUGGCCGAUGUGGAGGCCAAUUACACCGUGGUCAAAGCCUAUCAGUACACCACCCUGACCAGCAUCCAGCUGCUGGACUGCUUCGUGAUCCCGGUGCUGAUGCUUCUCUCCUGGUUCUUCUUGAAGACGCGUUACAGGCCUCUGCACUUCGCCGCCGUCAUGGUGUGUCUGAUCGGCGUGGGGGCCAUGGUGGGCGCCGACAUCCUCGCCGGAAGAGCCCAAGGCUCCGAGGAGGCGGUGGUCCUGGGAGACGCUCUCGUUCUCGUCAGUGCGUCUCUUUACGCCGUGUCCAACGUGUGUCAGGAGCACACGGUGAAGACCCUCAGCACGGGGGAGUUCCUCGGGAUGAUGGGACUCUUCGGGACGAUCAUCAGCGGCGUUCAGCUAGCUGUUCUGGAGUCUGGAGCCGUAGGCCUCAUCACCUGGAAUCUUCGUAUCGCGCUCCUGUUCGCGCUCUAUGCCCUCUGCAUGUUCGCUCUGUACAGCUUCAUGCCGGUGGUGGUGAGGAUGACGAGUGCGACGGCGGUGAACCUGUCCCUGCUCACCGCUGACCUCUUCAGCCUCUUCUGCGGACUCUUCCUCUUCCACUACACGUUUUCCGCUCUGUACAUCGUCUCCUUCAUCGUCAUCAUCGUGGGUUUCGUCAUGUUCAACGCGGUGCCGACGUACAGCGCCCUGACCGACGGAGAGACGCAGUACUCGCUCGCGGACCAGGAACCGGACCAGGGACCGGACCAAAGGACAGACCAGGGCAGGGACGAGGGACCGGGCGGGUUCCAGGGGCCCCAGCGGCUGCUCCCUGGCACUUCGGAGCACGUCGUCGCCGUAGCCGCUUUGUGACGAAGACCAAAGAGAGGAUCUGUGUGCAGAGGAGGGAACCAAACACGCUGCUACAACUCAAGUCAAAGUGUCCAAAUAACUGAGACAAGACGAGAUUCUGACAGACUUUGUAAAAAAUAAGUAGAGUAAUUAAUUUCACAAUUCUGGCUUCACUAUUUAUUUAGAUGUAAAACCUUAAACGGUCACUGUAGUCCUGCUUUUUGGAACUACAGCUUCUCAAACUGUGUGACUCACCAGCUCUUAAAACUUUUUUUAGAAAUUCAGGUGGAAAAAAAUGUCACAAGAUCGUUUUUUUCAUGUGUUCACGAUCUUGUGGCAGUUUCGUUUUCUUGAGAUCUUGUGACAAUUUGUCUUUGUAAGAUCUUUUGGCAGUUUUGUCUGUUCGAGAUCCUGACGCAAUUUUGUCUCAAGAUCUUGUGGCAUUUUUGUUUUUCUCGAGAUCUUUUGGCAAAUCUGUCUUAUUGAGAUCUUGUGACAAUUUUGUCUCGAGAUGUUGAGACAAUUUUGUCUCGAGAUCUUGUGGCAAUUUUGUCUAGUGAAAUCUUUUGGUGAUUUCGUCUUCUCGAGAUCCUGAUGCAAUUUUGUCUCGCAAGAUCUUGUAGUAAAUUUGUCUUGUUGAGAUCUUGUGGCAAUUUUGUUAUUUCGAGAUCUUUUGGCAGUUUGUCUUCUCAAGAUCCUGACGCAAUUUUGUCUCGAGAUCUUGUGGCAGUUUUGUCUCGUGAAGUCUUUUGUCAAUUUUGUCUUCUCGAGAUCCUGAUGCAAUUUUGUCUUGAUCUUGUGGCAAUUUUUUCACUUGAGAUCUUGUGGCAUUUUAGUUUUCUCGAGAACUUGGGGCAAAUUUGUCUUAGCGAGAUCUUGUGACAAUUUUGUCUCGAGAUCUUGUGGGAAUUUUGUCUCGAGAUCUUGUGACAAUUUGUCUUUGUAAGAUCUUUUGGCAAUUUUGACUUUUCGAGAUCUUGUGGCAAUUUUGUCUCGCAAGAUCUUGUAGUAAAUUUGUCUUGUUGAGAUCUUGUGGCAAUUUUGUUAUUUCGAGAUCUUUUGGCAGUUUGUCUUCUCGAGAUCCUGACGCAAUUUUGUCUCGAGAUCUUGUGGCAGUUUUUUCUUUUCAAGAUCUUGUGACAAUUUUGUCUUUUCGAGAUGUUGUGACAAUUUUGUCUCGUGAAAUCUUUUGGUGAUUUCAUCUUCUCGAGAUCCUGACGCAAUUUUGUCUCAAGAUCUUGUGGCAGUUUUGUUCUUCUCUCGAUCUUGACAUUUCAUAUUUUGCCGUAAAAGUUUGAUCAGUUCUACACAUGAAAAUUCACUUGAAGUCAUGGAAAACUCAUGGAAAACUUUAGCAAUUUUGUCAGUGAAAAAGAGUGGGAACCCUAGUCUCCGCUCUGGUGUCGCUCAAAAUCGGGCAUCGGAAGAGCCUCAAAGCCAAAGUAUCGACUCUGGUAUCGGAUCUGAAAAAGCUUGAUCGGUGCACAUUUCAUUUUGUCUUCCUCACGGCUCGACGAAGAACCACACGUUUUACAUUUAGAAUUGUAACUUGAGUCAACUCCAAGAAGAAGGAAAAAAAAAAAACGCUGCUGGAAAAAUUUUGUUUGAUUUAAAAAGUUACUCGUCUGGAAUUCCGUUACACUUGGUCCUCUUGUUUCCGCAGCGUUGCCAUGGUUACAGCACUUUUAUAUAAAUGUAUUUUUUAUAUUUUUUUAGUUAGACUUUUAUUAUUAUUUUGUUUGUAAAAGAAAAAAGAAGCUGUUACUUCGUACUGUAACAUGAUUCAAGGGUCAAAUCUGCGUAUCUGUUAUUACUACUGCUCUUAUGUAUUCUGAUUUUUUUACUUUUUUUUUUUUUUUUUUUUUACUUUUUCUGCCAAAAACUAAAAAUAGAAAUGAUUGUUUUUGGUGUAAAAAUUGUUUACAUGAAAUGACUUUUUACCGAUUAAAUUUUUAUAUUU